ACCGGAUAUAGAAUUGGUGAUGCAACCUGGUGGACUUGUACACAGUUUCCAACUGAGCAGCAGCUAGUCAUGGAGGACGUGGUAUCAGUGUGUUGUUAGACUGUGUGUGGUUGUGUUGAAUGUGGCAGUGUUAGAGCGUGUUAUCAUCUAUGCCAGCGCAAAAGUUUGUUAAAAGACAUUCUUUAACAAUUUUGAAUAUGGAGCCUACGAAUAUACCGUCAAAUAAUUCUCAUCAAGAAUUAAUGUCAGAUGGUGAAUGUGAUAGUCUGAAAACAGUGCCGUCUUUGACGUCUAUAGCAGAUGGUGCCGGUAAUAGAACAGGGAGGUGUGGUUACGGAAUAUCCAUAAGAGAGUGGUUGACCAUCAUAAUAUUGUUCCUAGUGAACCUAAUUAACUAUAUGGACAGAUUUACAAUUGCAGGAAUUUUGAAUGAUGUAAAAGCUGAGUUCAACAUUGGCGAUGACUUGGCUGGCCUACUGCAGACUGCAUUUGUGCUGAGCUACAUGAUUUUUGCACCACUGUUUGGAUACCUGGGUGACCGCUACAGCCGCAGGCUGAUCAUGGCCUCUGGAGUCUUACUGUGGAGUCUUACAACAUUCCUCGGUUCCUUCAUGCAUACGUACGGGUGGUUUCUCACGCUCCGAGCUCUUGUUGGGAUUGGAGAAGCCAGCUAUUCCACCAUAGCGCCAACCAUCAUCAGUGAUCUCUUUGUCAAAGAUAUGAGAUCAAAGAUGCUUGCCCUCUUUUAUUUUGCAAUACCAGUUGGCAGCGGUCUGGGGUAUAUCGUUGGGUCUGAGAUGGCACACGUGACCGGUUCUUGGCAGUGGGGACUGCGUGUGACCCCCAUCAUCGGUGUUAUUGCUGUUUUGUUGGUCAUCUUUGUUAUGCAUGACCCCGUGAGAGGAAACAGCGAAGGAUCGCACCUCAGGCCUACUACUUGGGGCAAUGACCUCAGUGAACUGUGUAAAAAUAAGAGUUUCAUGUUGUCAACGGCCGGCUUUACGUGCGUGUCGUUCGUUGCCGGAGCCCUAGCUUGGUGGGGUCCAACCUUUGUGUACCAGGGUCUCAGACUACAACAGGGGUAUGAGGAUGUUACACUAAAUGAUGUGACAUACAAAUUUGGCAUCAUUACAAUGGUGUCGGGACUGGUCGGUGUUCCAUUGGGCUCAGUAUUGGCACAGAGGUUACGGACCAGAUUCCCUCGCAUCGAUCCACUUAUUUGUGCCGUGGGUCUGCUCGUCAGUUCACCACUUCUGUUUGGUGCUUCCCUUUUUGCCAGCGUGAACUGCAAUGUGUGUUAUGCACUUAUCUUCUUUGGCGAGGUUUUUCUCAAUCUCAACUGGUCCAUUGUAGCGGACAUUCUUCUGUAUGUCGUCAUUCCUACAAGACGGUCGACAGCCGAGGCAUUCCAGAUACUUAUUUCACAUGCGCUUGGAGAUGCUGGUAGUCCGUAUCUGGUGGGAGUGAUCUCUGAAACACUGAAGGUUGUGUUGUCGCCGUCACACUCUCCGCACGUUACCAGCUCCAAUGGCUCAUUCUCGCUCGCUUCCAAUAUAACAUCAGACCCGACAAGUGAUCCAGCUGUUGAUUUCUACAGUUUGCAGUAUUCUCUCUUCAUGACAUGUUUUUUUGAAGUGAUUGGGGGUUUCUUUUUCCUGUUCACUGCUCUCUACAUUAGCAGGGACAAAUAUCAAGCUGAGAAAGCCAUCGCAGGUAUGUCUUCGGUUAAGAAGUUACAAACUCUGUGCGGUAUAAUAAUACUAACUUGCAUAUCAAAAUAGAAAUUAAUGCAUUUGAAUUGAUAAUAUAAUGUUUCCAGGUGUUACAUCCAGUGUCUAUUUUGCAUGAUUCAUACCCAUUAUUCUGAAAAGCAGCGAAUGACGAGGGUGCUUUGACUAAAGCAGCAAAAGCUGACAUUAAACUUAUUCUUUGAAGUCAGAUUUAUUUUAAUUAAAUUUUGUAACUUCCUAUUUCAAAUAACAACGAGCGCAUUUAAAAGCUUGGGAGACGGGUGUAUAUGUUGAUGGAUGAUAUUAAAAUAUAUCUUUGAGAAAUAAACUGCGAGGGUGUAGAAUGUGUGGGGUUCAAUGAUGUAGGUUCUUUGGAACAAAAUUAUGAACAUUGGGGUUCCAUGGUCAAUUUCUUGGCUUUCGGACUGAUCCAUUCAGAUAACAUGACAGGUCUCUGUACCUCAAAAAAAUAUAAAUUUGUUUGUGAUCUGUUAUGUCAGAGGACACUGUUUUGCGGGUAACAUUCAUAGCCGUCAUUUAACUUGGAUGUGAACAGAUAGAUGAGGCAAUUCCAUUAAAUCUGCCGGUCAGUGGACUACUGAAAAAUAUAAUAGGAUUUUGUUAAUUUCAUUGCAUCUUUAAUGUUUGGCCCAGAAUUGCAUGUGUUUAUUAAGUAUAAUUUUAGUGUAGAACUGUUGUUUAUGUUUGUAUAAUAUUUUUAACUGGAUGUCAGAUGCUUGUUUAUAUCAUAGGAGUAAAUUGCUUCAGCAUUUCCAUUUCAUAAUCAAUCUUUUGUGCUUUUCACUUAUAAUUUUUUCAGUUUGAAAAUGUUUACAGCAAACACUGUGUGAGAAACUUAUUUGAACUCUUAAUUAGUCUAAUUUCAGUAAAAGAUUAAAUUAUAGAGGAGCUUUAUUUUGUGGCAUGCUGUGACGAAGUGGUUGAAAUAAUGCACGUCUUUUAUUUCCUUGAUUUGGGUCAUGAGUAAUAAUUUUAGGAACAUAAAUACAUUGUUAGGUCCCUACUAGCUAGUUUUUUGAAUAAAUGUGUUGGAGACAUUU